AUGUGCUCCGACCUUAUCGCCUCUAUUUCCAGAAGUUUAUCCCUUUUAUCAACUCUUUUGCUAGUUAUAUCAUAUUUGGGAAUUCUAAUUUACAUAUCCCGGCUGUCCAAAAAAUACCACUUAUUUUUCAGAAUUUUCUACAUGUCAAUGAUUUUCACAAGAUCUCUUCCACCGUUGGUCAGAUCAAUUGGAUACUUUAUUGCCUUGUUUUGCGACUAUUCAGUUCCUCCUUUCGUUUUUACUGCACUUCUGUUGGCGAAAUUUUUUUCAAGAGCUGCAGGAUUCUGUUGUAUUUUCGAGAGAACUUUUGCGACGUUUUAUGCAAAAGGAUACGAAAACUCGAAGAGAUACUUUUUUGUGAUAAUUUGCGUCUUAGUUUGUGCAGGUUUCUCUGGAAUAACUUUGGCCGUCGAUGCAGACAGUGACUUUGGGCAGAAAUACAGCUCACUCAGUUAUGGAGUGUUUUGUAUAGUUACAACCACAAUGCUCUUCUUCGUGAACCGAUCUUUAGUGAAAAAGUCGUCUGCUUCCAAGUGCAAUUUGUCAGAGAGGUAUCAAUUAACGGAAAAUAUCAAAGCAUUGCGACUAUUCCUGCCGUUUUCUAUGGCAAUAUCCGGAAACUCUAUGGUUUUGUCUAUGAGCAUGUUAUUAUUCCAUAUAGAUACCGUAUUCAACUUUCCAAUAUGCCAAAAAGUCCCCAGUUAUGCUCCAAUCUUUCUCUGCAUUAUUUUUACUACUACAAUUAUCAACUUGGCUGCUCCUCUCUACGUAUUUUAUCAUAAUCGUAAAACGCGGAUGCUCCAAAAAAUUGGAGUUGCGGAGAUUCGAAACGUGCUCGGCGUGAAUAUUGUGGGUAAUGGGAUGGGCAACGACGAGCAAUAUUUUCAGCACUACAAGACCGCUUGGGCCUGA